AUGGUCAUGGACGUCGCUCGUACGUCCAUGAUACAUGCAGCUGCACCCCAUUUUCUAUGGCCGUUCGUGGUUCAGUACGCGGCGCAUCAGCUCAACCUCCAGCCUUGGGUCUCCAUGCAAGAGACCACACCUACUGUGUGGUGGACGGGGAAGGUUGGCGAUGCGUCUGCGUUCCGUGUCUGGGGAUCUCGAGCUUUCGUUCGCAACUUGUUUGCGGACAAGCUAUCCUCCCGUGCUGUUCCCUGCGUCUUCCUUGGCUUCCCCCCUAACGCGCCUGGUUGGCAGUUCUACCACCCCACCUCGCGCCGUGUUCUGUCCUCUCAAGAGGUCACGUUUGACGAGUCGGUUCCUUACUAUCGUGUGUCCCAGGUAGACGCAGUCGAGCCUGUCGAGGUAGCUGUUGACUCUGGUGCUGCUAGGAGUGCUGAGCCUGCGGGUGUCGGGUCUGGGUGUGCUGAGCCUGGGGGUGCGGAGCCUGCGGGUGCUCAGCUUGGGGUUGCUGAGUCUGGGGGUGCGGAGCCUAAGGGCGCUGAGCCUGUGCGUGUGGAGUCUGGAGUUGCUGAGCCUAGCGGUCCUUCGGGUGCUUCGUCCAGUCAGGAGCCACUCUCUCCAAAACACGAGUGGUUUGCUCGGUGUUGGAGCCAUGCUGCUGGAGCUGGUGGUGCUACGGGCGCUGGAGGUCCUGCUCCUGCUGGAGGUCCUGCUGCUGCUGGAGCUGCUGGGGGUUCUGCAGCCACGAGUCCCGGAGGUGCUCGUACUGGAGGUACUGGAGCUGCUAGGCCUGGUGGUGCUCCUGGAGCUGGAGCUGCUGGCGGUGCUGGAGCUGGUGGUGCUACUGGAGCUGGAGCUGUAGGAGCUGCUCGAUCUUCCAGUGGUCCUGCUGGAGCUGGAGCUGCUGGAGGUGCUAGAGCUGGAGGUGCUGCUGGAGAUGGUGCUCCUGUGGGUGCUAGAGUUGGAGCUACAGGAGCAGCUGGAGGUGCUGCUGGAGCUGGUGGUGCUGCUGGAGUUGGAGCUACCGCUAGGGGUGCUGAGUGUCCACCACUUGUCCAGUCGCAGUUACACUUGCAGCCCGCCUUCCCACUUCCUGCUCCUACUCCUUGCAUUGGUCCGACUGGAGGUCUUGCUGAGCGUCGUGAGUCUGCGUCUUGUCCUGCGUCGCCUGUUCAUGCUGCUAGCACUAGUCGUCGUGGUUUGCGUCAGCGUCCUCCUCCUGUCCCUGGCACGCACCGGAUGGCUCUGCGCCCUUCCACUGCUCCACAGCGUGUCCCUCUGCCGUCUCCUCCUGCGUCCUAUCUUCCUGCCCUUUCUGACCCGGAGUCUGACUCCCUUUGUGCUGCUAGUCCUACUGUCACGCGUCUCUUGGCCACUGUUGUCACUGACCCUUCCUUUGAGUCCACUGCUGCGUCUGCUUUAGUUGCUGAGCUUGUCAACUUUGCUGCUCACUGUCGUCUAGACUACACCGCGAAUGUUGUUGCUGAGUCUGAGUCUAUCUCUCCUCCGUCCGUCGGGGGUGAGUGUGCUCUUAGCACGGACGUCCUUGAGGACAGGCAGGAGGAAUUUGAGUGCUUUGCAGCCGUUGUACCUCAUCUCGUGUCCAUGCUGAUUGCACCUGAGGGAGACCCAGAUGCACCUGACAUCCCGACCCCGCGCUCUUACGUAGAGGCGAUAGAGGGUCCCUACUCCUCUCAGUGGCAGUCAGCCAUGGAUGCAGAGAUGGCAUCGUGGAAGUCCACAGGCACCUACGUCGACGAGGUUUCCCUUCCUGGGGCGAACAUCGUCAGUGGCAUGUGGAUUUUCAAGGUGAAGCAGCCGCCGGGUUCUCCGCCUGUCUUCAAGGCGCGUUACGUUGCUCGAGGCUUCAGUUAG